AAGAUAUCUCAACUUACCACUAUGGCUGCAAACACCAGAUAUGAGCCCGCUCCUCAGCGGGACUCCUUAGACGACCCGUCUUACUCCCAAGCCCCUCCCUCCUACCAGGCUACAGCGGCUCCAGCAGAGCCAGCGCCUCGCAGCGAGGACGACAACAUCCCAGAUGAUUUCAAGUUCGGAGGUACCGUGGCCGAGGGAACGAUUGACAUCCGUAUGCAAUUCGUUCGCAAAGUGUACUCUAUCUUAACGGCCCAACUCCUCCUCACAACGAUCCUCAGCUCAAUCUCCUUCUUCAACGACUCCUACCGCGUCUGGAUCCAGUCCAACUUCUGGUUGAUGAUAAUCUCCGUCUUCGGCGCUCUGGGCUUCAUGCUCGCAACAUUCUGGAAGCGAAAGUCCUACCCAGCAAACCUGCUCUUCUUAUCAGGCUUCACAAUCCUCGAAGCGUAUUCAAUCAGCGUGGCGACAUCUUUCUACGACGCGAGGGUAGUGGUGCAAGCGCUCGCACUGACACUUGGAAUUUUCCUCGCCUUGACCCUCUUCGCAUGCCAGACAAAGUAUGACUUCACCGACUGGAUGCCAUACCUGUUCGGCGCGUUGUGGUUCAUGAUCCUAUUCGGGUUCGUGGCUAUGUUCAUCCCGUUCAACAGCACCAUUGAGAUCAUCUAUGGUGUGCUUGGCGCGCUUAUCUUCUCGGGUUAUAUUCUCGUCGAUACGCAGCUAGUUAUGCGACACUAUCAUGUCGAGGAGGAGAUCGCUGCUUCGAUCUCGCUUUAUCUCGAUGUGCUUAACUUGUUCAUGUCCAUUCUGCGGAUUCUGAACGGUGCUAACAACAAUAAUUAA